UGCAGAUGUGAUCUCAACAGUUUGCAUCGUUUCAGCAUAAUUACUUUACUAAACCAUAGCUUUGAUAUACUUGCUACUCCAUUCAUCAAACACUGGAACAUAAGUCGCCUGAGGUCGCAAUUUCUAAAAAAAGGAUUCAGACUAAAUCAGGAUGUUGACCACUGCAGCUCUUUUUCUCAUUGUCGCCAGUAAAGUUGUCUUAGGACAGGAUAACGAACAAGCUGUUCUAUCCCAAGCACCAACAUAUCCAUUAAGUAUGUCAGAAUAUUCAGUUGAUGACCGGUAUGAUGGUUGUACAGAGAAGAUGGCAAACCUGGUGGAGACAAAAUAUCUAUUAGAAGAAAUCGCUGCUAACAUAUCAGGCUUUGGAACUGCUUGGAAGACCAGUAAAGGAAAAAUCCUUGAACCAAAAGAUAACUUGACUAGAAACCAUUUAAUUGCCAUUUCCUUGUACACUGGUCUUACAGUAUAUAAUCAAUUCAAUCAGGAUGUUAGUAGGGGUAAACUCAAAUACAAAAACAUGAAAUACGCAUGGUAUUCACUUUACUUUUUGUUGACAGAAGCGACACAGAUAUUAAAGAAAACACAAGAGGAAUGUAAAUUUACUUAUGGUGCUACCAGUGUUAGGUUUAAUGAAAGUGUUCUGUACAAAGAGAUUCGUUCUGGCUUAUUUGCAUUAUCUUAUCUUGAUCGUAAAGAAGCAACCAAUUUUGGAAAUGAAUCUUGUUUUGAAGUCAAGACUUGUCAUGGCGCUGAUGUGACAAAAUACUCUGAGGUUCCUUCGGUGCUGAUUCCUCCAUAUGAGACAUUUAAAGUGACUAAUAUCACGAAAAAUGAGUGGUGUAAUACUGUGUUUGUGGUGGAAAGCUCUGGAAUAAGAAGUGACUUAAACUGUGCAGUUGGAUCAGUCGAGUCCCAGAUAUCUCACAGAUGUCUGUCGCUUUGGCUGACUAACUUUUACAUCUUCGUUCAUUUCUCUUUAUUAUACUAAAUAUUACUUUAACUUCUUAUAAAGCCACACACAUAACAUACAGGAAAAAAUAUACCCUGUCCAUGAAUUAAGAAUUUAUUUCUACAGUUAAUUAAUACGUGAUUUUAACAAGCUAUCUCCUUAUUUUUGGGAAAUCAUUCCCAUGCUUUAUUUGAUCAUUUCUACAUUUUAGGUAAACCGUGUGCAUGCUAUUUUUUACCAAUUUCUGCCAGCAAUUUCAUCAAUUUAUUGUCGUUUUACUGUGCAGUGAUGCAACCUCUUAUCCAACCCAUACUGUUUUGGUUGUUUGUCCAUUCCCCCAAAUAGGACCAACAGAUGAGUUGACUAAAUUAGCACCUCUACGGAGCAGGUAAAAAUAUAUAAAUAUAUUAGGGUAUGAAAUUAUAUUUCGGGGUAUCAUUUUGCUAUGCUUACAUGCAUUGGGUUAUGAUUAUCAAUUUAAACUGCAAGGAUUCAUUGUAUUUGGGGCAUUCCACCGAAUUGGUGCCAUUUCUGUCCCCAGGACAUUAUGGGCCAGCUUGCGCCAGGGCAAACUAUCAUUUUGGCAUUAAAUUUAUUAAAGACACGCAGUGGAUAAUUAGUUAAUUUUGCGACUGAACUUAUUGCAUACGUUUCCCUUUCAGGCACAAAAUUUAUAGGAGAUUAUUUAAAUGAUUCACGCAAUGCAAUUUACUCAUGUUUGCGUGUGUGAUUUUACUGGUAUUUGUGCCACUAUUUAAUGCUAAAAUGCAUCUCAAAACAUUUUUGGCUUGAAAUGGCUGUAAUUGUUGCUGAUAGCAGAGGAUUUUUUUAACACGUAACAGUUUAUUUGAAAUUCCAAAAGAACAUAUUAUUCGAAACAAUUGCUUGCCAAGCUACGUUAUUUUUAUUUGCUAGAGUCACUAGAAGUCUUCACACAAUACCUGGGCUGCGUUCAGCCCCAACAAUUGCACAACGUUUAUUAAACAGAAAGAGUGAUGCGUUGAACUCCCUGUUGUGAUGACGCAAGAGUUGCAAAUACGUCGGUGAGCUUUUACUGAGAAGGCCAUGCUUUGUGUUCUUUUUUAAAUGUUUCUGGAGCCUGAUGAAAUCAUUAUAAAUACGUGUUUAAUACUGUAAAAUACGCUCGCACACUGUUUUGAACUUCAACGUGCCCUAGGUGUUUCAAAACUUCUCCAGUUUUUGCAGCUUGUUUGCGACCCUGAAUUAAUUUGCGCUGCUAUAAGUAGAUUGCGUUGGACAUUAUGGAAAUCAGCUGUUGCGCCUGUGUUAUUUAAUUUGUGCCAUUUUAGUAAAUAACCUGCAGAUAUUUCCACUCCCAUCUGUGCUUUUUUGGAAUCGGACUUAAUUUGUGCUCCCUAAAUCUGGCCCUAAAACUAAAUCUAAAAUAAAUUGUAUUACUAGGUAAAGUGUUCUGCAUGUUACAUGUAGUUAAAAACUAUAGAACACUGAAGCACAGCAUUUUUAUUUUUUUAUACUUUAAAUAUUAAAGCAUAAAAUUCUUCAGAUAUCUUUUACCAUUGAAAAAGUCAUAACAUUUUAGAUAAAACGCACAUUUUAAUUAUGUCCCCAGGAUUUCACUCAACAAAUCCCACAACAAAUUUAGGAAUAUUCCACAAGUCACAUUUUCAAGAGAAACUUACAUAAUCUGGUCUUCUGAAGGCCAUGCGAAUAUCAAAAGUCUUUUUUUUUUCAUUUUCUUUUCUGUAUAUUUUAUGAUUUUGAUGCUAUGAAUGUAAAUGUUAAUCUAAAUGUUAAGUCAUGUUACCUAUAUCAUUUCUUUGAUCUUAUCGAUUUAUUUUAAUUAAAAGUAAAAAUUGGUAAAUCCCUAGAAUUUUCUUGGUGUCUUCAUGCUAUUAGCACAUAUUUAAUGCAGCUAUUUCUCUUGUAUUUGCUAAAUCUUUGCUAAAAACUGUUACUUUCAGUCCUGUUACCAAAAUGCCAUGUUAAAAAAUAAACUAGUUACCCAUGA